CCCAAACCCACUAAUCCAAAACCCGCCAAAGUUUUUAGCGCCUAUACGAAACUAGCAGGAUCAAACGGCUUCCUUGGCCAAAACGACGACGUCUUCAGCUCCGCCACGACCUUCUCCAGCAGCAUCCCGCUGAUUUCCGGCGCCGGAAUAUGGCUAAGUUGACAAUUUUGAUUAGUUAUGUGGGAAGUUGGCUAGUUCUCUACUUCUUUAUAUAAGCUUGGUAGAAUGAAGGGAUGAGCUGUUUCUGAAAAUGCUACUCAUGAGGAGCUCCGGGAUAGAGUGUGUGGUCGUAUCAGGGAAGACCCAAAUGAAUGUGGAAAUAGAGUGAAGGCUGUAUAUUGUGGAACGUCUCUAAGCUAUCCUGUGGAGAUAGUAGACAAUGGUGAUGCGACUGCUUCUAUUUUGUGAGAGUGCGGGAGACUGGAAAUUCCCAUGUGCAUUACCCCUGAAAUUAGGGUAUUUGCUUCUGGAGUGGAAGUAAUCAACAUGCUUCGGUUGGUCUUGCAACUCAAGCUAACGAGAAGUCAUUCUGUAGAUCCCCAUUCUCAAUAAAAAAAAAAAAGUCAAUUGCAUUUGAUUCUGGGGCUCGAGAAAAGUUUUAUUUUGGAGAUGAGUUGAUUCAAUUCUAAAAUCAAAAUUUUCUUGAUUUGAAGUUCAGUGCAUGACAAUUGUACAUGGCAACUCCGUGCAACCAAGUCACCCAGAGUUUGAGUAUAUUAUCCUAAGAUGUUAUGAUAGUCUGCACUCUUGUUCAUCAGAUGCUUCUCGUCAUGACCACAAGCAAUCCUCUUAUUGGUCAAUAUAUAACGUCAAAUUACAAGGGUGUUUCAUGCCAAUAUAAACCAAAAGAUAUUAUUGUGGACUUGCCGAACGAUCUUGGUGUGGAUGUAAGUUAUGGGAAAUGUUGGAGGGCUUAAGAAUGUGCAUUAGAAGAUUUCUGGGAAUCUUCUAGGUGAUCCAAAAAAACGCAAGGAGAGAAUUCAUUCUCAUGGAGAAGGCCAGUCUAUGCGGAAGUGUGGGAGAUGUGGUGCAACUGGUCACAUAAACCUGUAAGUACCUUAUUCUUCAUCAUCUUAAUCCUGCAAGUGAGGGCUGUUAGUUGUUUAUUUAUUUUAUUUUAUUUUGAAAAGAAGUGUGCUACUAAAACUGGAACAUGACUUUGCCUAGAGUUGUGGUAGUGCUUUACUCUCUUAGAGAUGACUGUUAUAAUGUUUCUGAUCUUAUAAUCAUCUCGUGCUUUCAUUUGGUUUUAUUUUAGUGAGACUUUUCUUAUUAAUCUUAAUAAAAAAAAUUUGUAGCUCAAAAUGGCUCCUAGUAAUGUGCCAGACUCUAAAAAAUGCACUACAUGGUUUCUAGUAUUCACUUGAAAUGCUUUUCAGGUGGCAUGAAAAAGUACCAAGGUGCCUUUAAAUCAUUUCAACAUUUCAAAGUAGUUCAUAAAAAGACUUACUCUAAACAAUAUCAAUUCAAACUAAAAUGGUUUCAAGCUCAGUAUUUUAUUAUGGUUCUUGCUUUCUUGUGUUCAAUAUUGUUAAUGAAUUGAAGAGAUUUUAAAAUCCAAUCACAGGGUUGUGUCUGUUUUCUGUAGUCUUUUUACAUCCUCAAGACACCAUGUCUUCCGCGAAAUGUCCCCCCUUUACUUCUUAACCUUAUAUAUAUUUUUUCCUGGAAACAACAGAAUGGCUAUAUAUGCCUGCCCUCUAAAGAGAAGGUACAUGAAAUGGGUAUGAUCCUGGUCAUGUACCAUGUGAAUAGAUGUUAUUUUGGGCUUGUGCUGCCAGGUUUUUUGUAUCUGCUUAGGCUCAGGAUGCUUACAGUAUUAUAAUGAGUUUUGCUCAUUUCCUUCUUAUAGAGGAUGAAGUUGAGGGUUCCGUCAUUAUCUCACCUUUUCCAUAUUAGGUAAGAAAUUAAGAUUAGAAAAUUUCAGCCUAUAAGAUAUAUUAGGUAAGAAGUGUUAGAUUAGAAAGUUACCAUCUCCUGGUGGUUUUAGGUAAGAAGAAUGAAAACUCUGAAAUUUGUGAUUUUUUUUGUUUUUUUGUUUUUCACAAAACCUGCGUAGAUAUGUAUAUGUUGUCAUGUAGACAGGCAUAAAUAGACACGUGCAUGACUGCUUGUGUUGACUUCCUAAGGAGUUGAUGCAAAUGAGGGUUUUCAAUGUGAACCAAGGUUUCACGCUGUACUUUUUAUUUUGUUUUGGUUAUACCUGAAUCCCUUAUCAUGAAUGAUAGCUAGGUAUAGAUAACACUGGUAUAAUUACAUAAUAUAUUGUAAUCUAACUAUUGUCAGAAAUUAUUAUGAAUUAAUGAAGAAAAGAGAUUUAAGCAAAUGAAGAGUUGACUGUGCACUCUAUGAGGUUGAUGUCAUAAAGUUUACAUAUGUAAAUUACUUAUAUAGCAUAUCUACCUAAGUUGCAUAAAUAGUGUAGACACACAAACAUAUAUACUAUAUAUAUAUAUAUAUAUAUAUAUAUAUAUAUGUAUGUAUCUAUGCAUGUAAACACACACACACACACAUAUUUGUAGUACAUCCACUGAUAUAGGCCAAGCAUGGUGUUAUUUCUGGAAAGCAAGGUUCUAUAGUCCUAAUUUUACAAUCUGUGCAUAAAGUGGCUUCUCACAAAAUCGAAUCAAGUAGCAUAUACGAGACAGCUCUACUUGACUCGAUUAUACUUUUGCAAAUUUUUAUUUAAUGCAUACGUUUUUAUUAAAACACACUUAGACAGUGAUUGCGGGCUCCUGCCAGAUAUAGCAAGCUAAUACUUAGAAUCUGUUACCAUCUAAUAGGAUUUGCAGGCUAUUAAAGCCGACGUAUCCUUAAUAUAUCCCCUGAACAGAUUUGAAAGUGUUAAUUAAAGGUUGUUUCCAGACACUACUAUGGCAGGUGUACUAUUUGUAGUGCUAUGACAUUUGUUUUGCAUUGCGUAAUUGGUGUUGAUGCAUUCUCUACGCAUUAAUGGGUAUCCUGGAUGCAGAUAGGAUUUCUGGAAAGAAUCUAUUGCAUGAAGCUUUACCGGAAACUUUUUAUCUAUUGCGCUUUCUCUGAGAUCUUUUCUUAAAUGAGUUUUAUCAGUAUGGUCGUAUGCGUUUAAUUACUCUUUACCCCUAUGGCCCGUAGCUACCCCGGUAAUGGGUAUAAAUAGAGGUAAGGAGCAAGGCACUCUUCCUCGUCCCUCCAUUGUUAUUGCUCCUGCUAGCUUUACUUCUUCUUGCAAGAAUUGUAUUAAGGUUUUCCUUUUGACCCCUAACCUUGAAAAGGGUGUACAGUGCUUCUAUUGCCAAAGCGUGUUCAACAAUCCCCAGGCUGUAGGGGGGCAUCUUCGGGUCCAUCAGGAAGAGAUCAAGGAAAUGAAGAGCUGGAACUUUCCUGGCCAUUUCAGUAACUCAGAAAUCAUUACUAGCAAUACUCAACCUCUCACCAUCUCCCAUCCUGAGAACUUUUCUGAAGGUGCUGGGAGCCAUCAAUCUCGUUUGCUCUCAAAUGGAGUUUGUCAGUUCAAUACUGAUCAAGUUCAAAAUUUUAUGGAUAGUAUGCCAUCCCUUUCUGAAAAUGCCUUGCCAUGCUUUCAGAAUAACUACUGUGGCAAGCUUCCUUCUCUUGUGGAUGCUGUAACUUUUGAUCCAGAUCUCAGCUCAAAUCAGUCGCCUGCCUUCAAGGAGCGUAAUAUUCUUGAUUUCUUUAAUUGCAAUCUCAGUCAAUCUUCAGGCCAAGGUGAAGCUGGUCAAUCUAAGAAAAAUAAUGGAGGUAAGAGGCGCUGCUCAGGUGAAGCCCAAGGAAAUGCUGGGACUGUGAAUGAGUUGAAAAGGACCAAGAUUAACUCAGAUGAGAUGGAAACUGAUAGUCCUCAGAAGAAAGAGCUUCUUCUUGUUAAAGAGGAGGACAACUCCAAUUCUGGUUCAGGAAUGCCUUAUGAUGUGGAAGAAGGCGAGACAAACCUUGAUCUGUCGCUACAUCUGUAGCUUUUGUACCUGCUUCCUAUCUCCUUUUCUGGGUCAGAAAAAUCUCCGAAUGCAAAAGAGGAAGGCGGAACAAAAUUAGAUCUAUCUCUUCUUUGUCCCUGCUUUGUUUAGAUAAUAAGUUUGCUAGUAUUGAAUAAGAAUCUACAUAUGUAUUUGCAAAUAAACAUGGGCUUGAUAGAAGGAUAUAAAGUUCUGAAUCUAUAUGUGCC